AUGGCGGACGACACCUACUGCUACAACGUGAUACCGUUCGGAUUAAAAAACGCCAGGGCUACAUACCAACGGUUGAUGAACAAAGUGUUCCGGAAGCAGAUCGAGCGCAACCUGGAGGUAUAUGUUGAUGACAUACUCAUUAAAUCACUCCGAGCGGUCGAUCUUUGUGCAGAUAUAGAGGAGACCUUCCGGACGCUGAGGAUGUAUGGAGUCAAGUUGAACCCUCAGAAGUGUCUGUUUGGAGCAAAAAGUGGACGCUUCCUGGGCUACAUCAUCACCGAGCGGGGCAUAGAGGCGAAUCCUAGCAAAGUAAAGGCAUUGCAGGACAUGCCACCUCCCAGAAACCUGAAGGAAGUGCAACGCCUCGCCGGUCGGAUAACUGCUCUGUCGCGGUUCAUCUCCAGGACGGUCGAUCGGAGCCUGCCUUUUUUCAAGAUUCUGCACCGAGCUACCAAAUUCCAGUGGGACAGAGAAUGUGAUAAGACGUUUAAAGAAUUAAAGGUUUAUCUAAACUCUUUACCUAUAUUAGAUAAGCCAACUGCCGGCAAGCUACUCUGCAUCUACUUAUCCUCGACCGAGCAUGCUGUUGGCUCGGCGUUUGUGCAGCAGGACGAUGAAGAGCAGACAGUGUACUUUCUGAGUCACAUUCUAAAGGAUGCCGAGUCCCGCUACACUGGUCUAGAAAAACUUGCCUUCGCGCUAGUCCUCGCCACUCGGAGGCUCCGACGUUAUUUCCUCGCGCACACAAUAAUCGUCAUGAUGAACAACCCACUGGGGAGAGUCCUCCUCAACCCGGAGGCAUCCGGGCGGCUGAUUAAGUGGACUACCGAACUCAAUGAAUUCAAUAUCCAGUAUCAGCCUCGCACGGCGAUUAAGGCGCAGUCCUUGGCAGAUUUCAUCAUCGAAGUGCAGAAUCCUGAACCCGAAGCUUUAUGGAGAAUAUAUGUGGACGAGUCAUCCACCCGGCUCGGGAGUGACAUAGGUAUUCUAUUGCUUUCUCCUCAAGAAGAACGGAUGUAUCUGUCCGUCCGGAUGGAAUACCGGGCCGCUCGACAUGUGGGAGAGAGCCGAGUGGCGAUCUACUCAGACUCUCAGCUUGCCGCCCAGCAACUCUCAGGAGCUUUCGAGAUAAACAACGUAAGGCUCAAGCUUUACGCGGAGACCUUUGAAAAGCUUAAAGCCAACUUAUGCAAAGUCGUUAUACAGAAAAUCCCCCGAGCGGAGAACCAGGCAGCGGAUGAGUUGGCUAAACUUGCAAGUGCAAUAUCGCCGAUUGUCAUCCAACAACCGAUCGAGCAAGUGUCCUUAGUGGCUCACAUCGACAGGAUGGAAGGCCUCGCGUUCCCGGGUGACUGGAGGACGACGAUCAUGGAAUUUUUGCGAUCGGGAGCUACGCCUUCCGAUCAGGAAGAGGCCCGGCUGCUAAGAAAGAGAGCUGGUCGGUUCACCCUCAUCGGGGAUCAGCUCUACAAAAAAACUUUUUCCCGUCCGUUAUUGAAGUGCGUCAGCUCGGAGGACGUGGAAUAUAUACUAAAAGAAAUGCAUCACGAGUCUUGUGGAGGACACCCGGGCGGCCACUCGUUGGCAAGGAAGAUUUUGCUAGCCAGGCGAGUGAUCCCCAGGGCAUUCCAAGUUGGCGACCAAGUAUGGAAAAAGGUGAAGUCGGUCGGCAAUGUGAGAAAGUUGGAGGCUCCAUGGGUUGGGCCCUUCAAGGUCAUCAAGAAGCUCCGAUCGGGCGCCUACUACCUGGAAUAUGAAGAUGGAUGGCAGCGAGAACGACCCUGGAGUGCUAACCAUCUCCAGCUGUACCGAGCUGGGUGA